AUCUUCCCCACGCCACAACCUCACCUCUCCAACCACUUCUUACGCGAACUUUCUCGCUCCCGCAAGCCCCAUUACGCACUUCUCGUCUACCAGAAAAUUAGUAAGGAGACUCUGCCUUUUGACCGCUUCAGUUUCCCGCCGCUCCUCAAGGCGGCCUCGCAAGUUUCCGCCUUGGCCGAGGGAAUGGAGAUUCAUGGGAUUGCAGCCAAGUAUGGUUUCGUCUCUGACCCAUUUGUGCAGACGGGUUUGGUGGGGAUGUACGCGGCGUGCGGGAGGAUAAUCGACGCGCGCCUGAUGUUUGAUAAAAUGUCGCAUAGGGAUGUUGUUGCAUGGAGUAUUAUGAUCGAUGGGUAUUGUCAAUGUGGCCUUUUCCAAGAUGCCUUUGAGCUUUUUGAGGAGAUGAAAAGGUGUAAUAUGCAGCCAGAUGGGAUGAUUCUUUCUACCAUUAUUUCUGCUUGUGGCCGUGCUGGGAAUUUGAGCUAUGGGAAAGCAAUCCAUGAUAUCAUUAGGCAAAACAAUAUUGUGAUCGACCCUCAUUUGCAGAGUGCUCUUGUUACUAUGUAUGCAAGUUGUGGUUGUAUGAAUUUGGCUGAAAAGUUGUUCGAUAACAUGUCAAAUAAGAAUUUGGUUGUUUCGACUGCCAUGGUUUCUGGGUAUUCAAAGGUAGGACGGGCCGAAGAUGCUCGUUCAAUUUUUGACCAAAUGGAUAAGAAAGACUUGAUCUGUUGGAGCGCAAUGAUGUCUGGUUAUGCUGAGAGUGAUCAACCUCAAGAAGCACUAAACUUGUUUAAGGAGAUGCAAGUUUUAGGAAUGCAACCUGAUCAGGUUACCAUGUUGAGUGUUAUCUCUGCUUGUGCUCAUCUUGGUACAUUGGACCAAGCCAAAUGGGUUCAUAUUUAUGUUGAUAAGAAUGGAUUUGGAGAAUCCUUGGCCGUCAAUAAUGCCCUUAUCAAUAUGUAUGGGAAAUGUGGGAGUUUGGACAGUGCAAGAGGAGUUUUUGACAAGGUGGCAAGAAGAAAUGUGAUAUCUUGGACUAGCAUGAUCAAUGCCUUUGCCAUACAUGGUGAUGCUAAUAGUGCACUAAGCUUCUUCCGACAAAUGAAAAGAGAAAAUGUUAAUCCUAAUUGGAUUACUUUUGUGGGUGUGCUCUAUGCUUGCAGCCAUGCAGGGCUGGUUGAGGAGGGCAAGGAAAUAUUUGCAUCAAUGGUUAAUGAAUACAACAUUACCCCUAAGCAGGAGCACUAUGGUUGCAUGGUAGACCUCUUUGGCCGUGCUAAUCUCUUAAGAGAUGCUAUGGAGCUUAUAGAAACAAUGCCUUUGGCGCCUAAUGUUGUCAUUUGGGGAUCCCUGAUGGCUGCUUGUAGGGUUCAUGGUGAUAUUGAAUUGGGAGAAUUUGCUGCCAAGCGUGUUUUGGAACUGGAACCUGAUCAUGAUGGAGCUCUUGUGCUAUUAUCAAACAUAUAUGCCCGAGAAAGAAGGUGGCAAGAUGUUGGGGUGUUACGGCAGUUGAUGAAACAAAAAGGGAUAUAUAAGGAGAGGGGAUGUAGCAGGAUAGAAUUAAAUGAGGAGCUACAUGAAUUUCUAAUGGCAGAUAGCAGACACAAACAUGCGGAUAAGAUCUAUGAGAAGUUAGAAGAGGUAGUUAGUGAGUUGAAACUGGUUGGUUAUGCUCCUAAUACUCGCAGCGUUUUGAUAGAUCUAGAUGAGGAAGAAAAAAAGGAAGUGGUUUUAUGGCACAGUGAAAAGUUGGCCCUGUGUUAUGGGUUGAUGAGAGCAGAAAAAGGUUCAUGUAUUCGCAUAGUAAAAAAUCUCAGAGUUUGUGAGGAUUGUCAUACAUUUAUCAAGUUGGUCUCAAAAGUGUAUGAGAGAGAGAUUGUUGUGAGAGAUAGGACUAGGUUUCACCAUUAUAAGGAUGGUGUAUGUUCUUGUAAAGACUAUUGGUGACUUCUAUUUUACCAUUUCAAACUUAAAAUCAAGGAAAGGGAAGCUGUACAGAAGCUCAUUAGUCAAA